AUGACCAUCAAAUCGGGCACUACCGGUACCACCAACCAUGGCAGCAGUCGCAAAGCUGCCUUUGUUACUGUUUCCUUCAAUGGCAGGCCACUGGUAUCUGGCACUGAUGACAAUGAUAAUGAUGACAAGAAAAAGCACAAUAAAAGCUUCUCCAAAUUGGCAGUAGUCGAUGAUGACGAAAGUAACUUGCAGCACACGGUGGAUGAGGAAUUGUCCUUUCUGGAAUAUUCCAGGGGAUUGGCUAGUCAACGACAACAACGACAAGACCAACACCCGUACAAGGAUACCUACACGGUCAACAACAACAAGGACAAAAAAGAACAGGAAGACAAAAAGAAAUUUCGGUGUCGCUGUUGCUCUCUACUACUAUUGGCCUUGAUUCUGCUUUUGGCAGUGGCUUUGACUGUGGGUAUCAUUCUUGCGAGAAGCAAAAACAAGUCGAUGCCAGAGAAUACCAGCAGUGGUGACGAGUCAGCUGCAAUAGCCCAAACGGAAGAUCCUGAGCACAAGCCUGACUUGGGGAAUCCUUCUGAAGAAUCCACAAAUCACACCACCGCAACAACAACAGUGUCAUCCUCUGGCAGCAGCCGACCCCAAGUGGUCGCCAGUUCGGAAACCGGGGCCAUUCUCCAACUGGGAGAUCCUAUUCUUGUCACUGCAGAACAACAACAACAACAAUCACAAGCUUUUGCCUCGUCAUCCGUGGCACUCUCGGCAGAUGGAACUCGGAUAAUAGUGCUGCGUGACAAUCUUCAAAUGGGACAAGUCUGGGAAUGGAUGGAUGAUGGACAUGAUGUCGUCACCGACAAGGAGAGAUGGUCGUGGCACAUGUUGGGCCAGACGAUUCCCCUAUCCACACAACAACAACAACAAUCAUCCGUAGUCAUGGCGGGAAAUGGUAAUCGAAUUGGGAUUGGAAUGGACAAUCAUCAUCUCAAAAUCUUGGAUUGGAAUUCGGACAGUCAACAAUGGAUCCAACAACAACAACAAGAACGUGGUUCAUUGCUGGCAGGAUCUAGUAAAUUGGCCAUGUCCAGAGAUGGAACUCGAAUGGUGACCAUUGUGCGCGGCAACGAGAACAAUCAGGUCGUUGCCAGAGCCUAUGCUUCGGACAGUGACGAUGAAUGGAUCCAAGUUGGAAACGAUAUCAUCUUGUUAGAUGCUGCAGAAACAACAACAGCAGAAGCAGAAGACAUUGCCGUGGCCAUGUCGUCCACUGGCAACCGCAUCGUUAUUUCUGGUUCCAGAGAAGGAAUUUUGUCCUUGGAUUGGGACGAUUUCAUUCAAGAUUGGUUUCCCGUGGGCUCGCCAAUUCCAGAGCAGAAUGCCGUCUCCGUGGCUCUGGCGGGAGACAAUGGGAAUCUGCUCGUUUUGGGGAUCCCCUCGGACGGAACAGUUCGCGUCUACGAAUGGACCAUGACGGAAAUGUUUUCUAACAGCAUUCCUUGGUCCCAAAUAGGAUCAGCGUUGCAUGGAGGAGACCACUUUGGUGCCAAUGUGGCGGCCAGCAAUUCACGCAUCGUGGUCAGUGCGUCAGGAUACGCGCAGGUCUGGGAGUGGUCCCACAGCAAAGCGGACUGGGAACAGGUUGCCAAGAAUGUCCCAGAUAACAACAAUCAUGACGAUUACGGUGCCAGUGUGGCAAUUGCAGCCGAUGGAAAUCGGUUUGCUGUGACCAAGGGCGACAAUACACGAGUCUUGGCCAUCAUUACGUGA